AUGCCGUCACGGGCUGCACUUAACUCAUCGGAUCCUCCAACUUCAAGAUCGGCCGCUGUCCACCCUAGUACGGCCCCUGUUCCUCUGCCGGCAGAGAGGAACCUGCCUCGAUUGUUAUCGCAAGAUGUUCCAGCCCUACCGCCCAUGACCGGAAACCCGGCUACCUCUCCGCCAGUCCGUCGAGGGCACUCGCGAUCCAUCAGUCACCCGUUCACCUCACCUUUUGCAGGGAUUGGUAAGAGUCGGAACAAGUCGAUUUCCAAACAAGCGUUCCUUGACUCGGAUGACGACGACGACGACGACGAUGGCACGCGCCUCCCAAAUCUUCUAUCCUCGAGUCCUCGCAAAGGUGUACCACGGCCCGCUCCGGGGGAGGAGUUGACAACGGGGAAGUGCAUGACUUGCAGCUCGACUGUGCGAUGGCCACGCAGCGUCAAGGUUUUUCGAUGUACAGAGUGUUUGACCGUGAAUGACUUGGAGCCAUGCCAGGAAACAAAAGAAACGGGGAGCCAGGGAACCCCAGGAAAGAAUGGCAAGCCACCACAGGCUUUAAUUCCCAGGAGAGCUAUUCCAUUAUCCGUUGAGCGAACAAAGUCCAUCAUCAACGGAUGUAUCUUGGCGUACCUUCAAUCACGUUUAGACACUCCUACUACACAUGCGUUGCCAAUGAGGAGCCGAUCCGACAAUCCGUUCUGUGCGGGACAGGAUGAGAACUCUUUAAAAGGUUCAGGCAGAUCCCCGGGAUACUUGUCUGCGCCCCAACGCCCUAGAGAUCCACGUAGCCGGAGUGCAUCGGCGUCCGAAAGGCUACCGCAGCUUGAUCGUGGACAUGAUCAUAGCGGAGAUUCACCCUACCUGAAGCCGUCUUUUGCCCCUAUUCCUCCCCCCAAGGAGGCAAGGGAUUCCCAAAUGAAACCCCGUGAAGCGCAGAAUACCCCCCGAAGUGUUCAAUCCCGAGACCCAGGUCGGUCACCCGAGUACGAUAACAAGGAAGGCGUGAAGCAACCUUAUGUGUUUCAGGCGCUGGAAGAAUAUAUAAUAUCCGCAUUUAAAGGUUGUGAGGUCUUGAAUGUGUCCUUUACUACACCACUACCCCCGCGAGCUACUGCUACUACUACUACAGAGACUAGUCCUUCUAAACGGAGCCUAGAGCAAAGUUCCAGUCAAUUCCACUCGAAUAUUGAACUGGAUCCGAAGACCCUUCUUCUCGGAGAUCUUACUGAGAAUUCUUCGUGGUGGAUGGUUGACGCGGAACAAGUUGGCGGGUCCAGCCAUGGCCAUCCAAAACACAAGACGUCCGGUUCAUCUAGAACAGUCAAUUCUAGAAGUCCGCGAAUCAAUUGGCCUGAGCUCACCCAGUGGUAUCAGUUAAUAAUGACGGCAGGAACGUCAUGGGUCGAGCAGUGGUCAACUAUGAAACCUUCGGAAAUCACCAGCACAGAGGACUAUGCGAAAUCUCAGGCCUGGGAUGCUGCAGACUUAAGCAACAUUGAAAAGGGGGUUACAGACUCGCGAGUUCAUCUACAUAGAACUCUUUUAAAAGCUACGGAAAAUCUAUUGAAGCGACCGCGGCGACCUCUAAAGAAACCGGAUGACAUCAGGUUUCUCCUGCUGUUGUUGGCAAACCCGUUGAUGUACCCAUCUAGCCCAGCAUUAGCGCCCCCCACCACAGCUCGCAACGGCCGAAGACCUUCACACCCCAAUGACAGUGCUCACCAAUCAGGAGGCAAUGCUAGACCUCCUCCUCCUCACCCCAAAAAUCGAAGCGGGGGGCCUAGUCAUCAUUCCGGGAUUGUGAAGCGAAUAGUUGGGUUAAUAGCCAACCUGCCGAAUGAUUGUCAUCACUAUUUGGUCUCGUGGCUUUCGCGCUUUCCAGUAGGACAGUUCGAGAAAAUAGUUGAGCUGGUAGGCAGCUUCGUGACAUAUCGUUUAACCCGCCAGCAUGGACGCAAACGAAGCGAAUCCGCGAAGGAUGACAACUCGUUAGUCCCUAGUUUUUCCAGCGCCGCUAUGAAUACUCCUGCGGAGCUGCAUGCGGCGAUCAAUGGAAGAACGAACACCAAACAGACAAAAGGCAAGCAAGAGAAACCCGUUGUAUAUGGCGACGAUUGGCAAAUCCGGGCUGCUGGACGAAUGAUGGCUUUGCUAUUCGCUGCCAAUAAUAGCAGUGUUGCUCGAAAGCCUGAAGGACUCCCUAGUUCAGAGUCAAGUCCUACGUCCAGGCAACAAGCAGCUCAACAUGGACAUAUGAUUCCAAUCAGUUCGUUUUAUAAUACCCUACUUGAUUAUUCCGAUCUGGUAGCCGAUUUCGAGGCCUGGGAGUCGAAAACAGCGAAAUUUUCGUUUUGCCAAUACCCCUUCUUUCUUAGUAUCUGGGCAAAGAUCCACAUCAUGGAGCACGAUGCACGUCGCCAGAUGGAGGUCAAAGCCCGCGAAGCUUUCUUCAGCAGUAUUUUGAAUCGAAAGGCUGUGAGCCAAUACCUUGUGCUAAAGGUCCGUCGUGACUGUUUGGUUGAAGACAGUCUUCAAAGUGUUGGUGAAGUCAUCGGGUCUAGCCAUGAAGAAAUUAAAAAAGGACUACGAAUUGAAUUCGCUGGCGAGGAGGGCAUAGACGCAGGCGGUCUCCGCAAGGAAUGGUUUUUGCUGCUCGUGCGAGAGAUUUUCGACCCUCUCCAUGGACUUUUCAUUUACGAUGAAGAUUCGCGGUACUGCUAUUUCAACCCAUACUGCUUCGAGUCGUCAGAGCAGUUCUUCUUGGUUGGGGUUCUACUUGGAUUAGCCAUAUACAACUCAACGAUCCUUGAUAUUGCUCUUCCGCCUUUUGCAUUCAAGAAGCUGCUAGCUGCGGCACCGCCGACCAACGGACCGCUACCCUCGACUUCACGGCCUUCGUAUAAAUGCACCUUGGAUGAUCUAGCAGAGUAUCGACCUGCCCUUGCGAAGGGUUUGCGAUCUCUCCUAGAGUAUGAGGGGGACGUCGCGGACACGUUCUGUUAUGAUUUUGUUACCCACGUCGAUCGAUACGGUGAGGUGGUCGCUGUGCCGCUGUGCCCAGGAGGCGAGAAGAAGCCGGUGACAAAUGCAAACCGACGAGAGUUUGUGGAUCUAUAUGUGCACUAUCAAUUGGAUACGGCGAUCACGCGCCAAUUUGAACCGUUCCGGCGCGGAUUUUUCACGGUAUGUGCCGGCAAUGCGUUGUCCUUGUUUCGUCCCGAGGAGAUUGAGUUGCUGGUGCGCGGGUCCGACGAACCGUUAGAUGUGAGGUCUCUCCGCGCGGUUGCCACAUAUGACAAUUGGGGGGAUGCAAAGCCCGAGCAGGAGCCAGUGAUACGAUGGUUCUGGGAGUUCUUUGAGCACACUCGGCCUCAAGUGCAGCGAAAGAUCCUGUCAUUUGUUACGGGCAGUGAUCGUAUCCCCGCGAUGGGGGCGACAAGCCUGAUGAUCCGACUAGUCUGCCUUGGAGAGGACUCGGCGCGGUUCCCGACGGCGCGGACCUGUUUCAAUCAGCUGGGGCUGUAUCGAUAUGCGACGCGGGACAAGUUCGAGCGGAUGCUCUGGGAAGCAGUGCUCAACAGUGAAGGAUUUGGCCUGAAGUAA